GUUUAGAACCAAUAGCAUUACAGGCAGAAGGUUUCACGCGGUGCUACUUUUGAACUUUGUUAUUCAAUGUGUCGGACCUGAACACUGGAUCAUAGCAGCAGUGAAAGGUGCACUAUGGGACGCCUCGACGGGAAAGUAAUUGUGUUGUCGGCUGCUGCGCAGGGGAUUGGACGUGCUGCAGCAAUAGCAUUUGCAAAGGAGGGAGCUCAAGUCACAGCGACAGACAUCAAUGGAGAGAAGCUGAAAGAGCUGGAUAGCAUUCCAGGGAUUAAGACCAAGGUUGUGGAUGUAACUAAGAAGGACCAAGUCGAAGCCCUGGCCAAGGAACAUGAUCAUGUGGAUGUGCUGUUCAAUGUCGCUGGGUUUGUGCACCAUGGCUCCGUCUUGGACUGCGAAGAGGCCGACUGGGACUUCACAAUGAACGUGAACAUCCGGAGCAUGUUCCUCAUGAGCAAGGCCUUCCUACCUAAGAUGUUGGCAAAGAAGUCAGGAAACAUUAUUAACAUGGCAUCUGUUGCAUCGAGCAUUAAAGGUGUUGUGAACCGGUGUGCCUAUAGUACCUCCAAGGCUGCAGUGAUUGGGUUCACCAAAUCUAUAGCGGCUGAUUUUAUUGAGCAAGGCAUUCGCUGUAACUGUGUUUGUCCUGGAACUGUUGAUACUCCAUCUUUGAGGGGUAGGAUCGAGGCCCAACCUGACCCAGAACAGGCUUAUAAGGAUUUCAUGGCAAGACAGAAAACUGGCAGAAUGUGCACAGCUGAAGAGGUGGCUCACCUGUGUGUAUACCUGGCCUCAGAUGAGUCUACCUAUGUGACUGGAACGGAGCAAAUCAUCGAUGGAGGAUGGAGACUCUAAGCAAACUGUUGCAAGCACGUUGUGACAGUAGUGGAGACUUAAUAUUCUUAUUUGAAGCCCAAAUAAAA